GUGAUAUUUCUUUUUGCGUUACAGAUCGGUGAAAAAUGGUGACGCUUAGCAUUUCUUUUUCUGGAAACCAUGUUGUGUACGCUGGCCAAGUGGUGUCGGGGAAAGUGACCGUUCUUAAAGUCCCCGGGGGUUGUAGAUUAUUAACUUUAACUCUGUUGGGUCAGGGGAAAACCUCUUGGACUGAACAAGAGUCGAGGUAUGACUCUGUCACGGAGAGGGACGUUGUUGAUUCCGUGCAUUGCGGAAAAACCGAAGAUUACUUCAUUCAACCAGUGUGUCUUUGGACCGAAUCCUCGGGAGUUUUAUUGCAUAGCGCGCAGGAGUUCUCCUUCAGUUUCAUGUUACCCCCGGAUCUGCCACCAUCCUUUCAUGGUUCCUACGGGUCAAUCGAAUACACUUUGACUGCUGUUCUUGAAAGACAAGAUGCCAGCACAAACAAAACUGCGGUUGCGACUCUCAUCGUAAUUCCGCAGUGCUCCAUGGGGCACUUGAAGGAAAUGAUGAAACCUGUUACCAUGGAAGCUGAGAAAAAGCUGAAGAUGCUGCUGAUAAAACAGGGAUAUGUCAGUGCAACUGUAACGCUUCCGCGUGCAGUUUACAUCCUCGGCGAAGUGAUACCAGUUUCUGCGUCUAUUUUGAAUCAAAGCUCAGUUUCCCUGGGGAAAACGAAAGCCAAACUAGUUCAAACCGUCACUUUUCACGCUGAUUCGAAAUCGAAGGUCGAAAAGCUCGACUUGUGCAAAGUGAAGCGUGGAGAAGUUGCCGCUGGAACAACGUUCGAAUGGACGAAGGUUCCCGUGGAUGUUCCGAAUAAUGCUGCGCCUUCGGAUUUUGGACCAAGGUGUACAUUGUUCCGGGCUGAACACAAAUUAGAAUUUUCUGUGCAUCCUGCUGGCUUACAUUCGGCGUUGGAACUCGCAGCUGCUCUAAAAUUAGGAACGGUAUGGGAACAUUUGCAGCCAGUGUUGGUUCCGCAGAGCGAACCCAAUGCUCCAUUUCCCCUUCCGACUCCGGUUCCGAUCAUAAAUCCGCCACCUUUUCCCCUUCCGACUCCGUUUCCGGUUAUUACUCCGCCACCGUUUCCCUCUCCGACUCCAUUUCCGAUCAUAAAUCCGCCAGAAGCACCUCUUGCGACCGACGCUGGGGUAUUUCCGCCUUCUGCUCCAUCGAUGCCGCCGAGCUACGAGACAUCGUAUCUGAUGAACUCCGCUUUCUUGUAUCCUGGUCUUCCGAAAGAGUAGAAAAUCAAAAGCGAAUGUGCUCCUAGUCCUUUAGGAAGGUUUGUGAUUUGUUUACCCUGCUGGAGCACGGUACAGUGUCUUGUUCAAAAUUAUCUUCCUUCGAUAGACGAAAUUGUGAUGAGAAUCAAAUUUUUUGGGUUAAUAGAAACCUUUUUUGAUCUGAUUAGGCUUUAGAGGUGUUCGUUCGACGGCAUAUGUUCGAGCUACGAUGAAGUGCCUUCAGUUCAUUACUUCAUACAGUUUAUGUAUUUUUCAUGUUGUGUGUGUCCUAGAAACUGAAAUAUUCAUCAAGUUGAGCAGUGAGGAACUCACCGACUGAUUUCGUCAUCUAAUCUGUCCUAUUCAAUGGCUGAUUUUUCUUAUGUGUGUAGAUGUCACUCGCAGUCAGAAUUUCGAUUUUGAUCUAGCCCGGAAUUAUUUUGUGCAUUUACUGGAGUUUCACGAGGAUAGUUGCAGUAACAGCAAAGGGUUUAUAUGUUCUUCAUGGAAUAUUUCUCGAGGAUUUGAAAUAGUCAUUGUAUUCCUUCUUCUUUGAGGAAUUCGUUUCAAAAGCUAAGCUUUUUGUCAAGCGAAAAGUUUAAUGUAAAUCCUCAAUUCUGAUUAGUCCUCUGCGAAAUUUUUUGGUUACCCCGUACAUGUGAAGAAAGUUCCAGUAGGAAAGCAAUAGUCGGUACAUGUGGCAAUGUGUUCAACUCGCGUUACUAUUUGUGUGAUUUUUUUUUCCUGUCAGCGUUGUGAUUCAUAGCUUUUAGCAUCCUUGUGAUAUUGUAUCAGUGAUUCCUUGUGUGAUCAAAGGAAAUUACUCGUGUUCCCUGCA